AUGGGCCGCGGCGGCUCGUGCGGGCGCGAGUCCAUGUGGAGGCUGCGGGCGGGGAGCAGCGCGCUGCGCGGCGGGGCCUGGGCGCGGAUCUCGGGGCGGGCCGGCGCGGAGGCCGGCAUGGAGCGCGCCGUGGUGCGCUGCGUGCCCUCGGAGCCCAAGCUGAGCCUGUCGUUCGCGCUGGCCGACGGCAGCCACAAGCACAUGCAGCGCGACCAGACCGAGCCUCUGGGCCGGGCGCUCAGCCGCAUCGCCACCAACGCGCUCAAGGGCCACGCCAAGGCGGCGGCGCGCAAGGGCCGCCGGGCCGCCGAGCCCGGGGCCGGCGCGGGGGCGAGCGCGGGCGCGGCGGCCCCGGCCGAGCCCCUGGUCAAGCUCUACUACCGCGAGGAGGCCGUGGGCGACGACGUGCUCAACGCGGACGCGUGGCAGGACGGCGCCGUGCUGCAGAUCGGAGACGUCAAGUACAAGGUGGAGCGCAACCCGCCCGCCGUCACCGAGCUGCAGCUGCCGCGCUACAUCAUGGCCGGCUUCCCCGUGUGCCCCAAGCUCGGCCUCGAGUUCGGCGAGCCCGAGCGCUCACUCUUCCGCUGGUUCCGCGAAGCGCGGCCCGGAGCCGCUGCCGGGGCCCCCGGCGCGCCUGCGUGCGCGGCCCCGCCGGCUGACGGGGACGCGCCGGCGGCGGAGGCCAGCGCGGGGCCCGCGUGGGUGGAGGUGGGCGGCGCGCACGAGCGCGUCUUCACGCCCUCCAACGCCGACGUCGGGCUGCGGCUGAAGCUGCGCUGCACGCCGGGCAACGGGCAGCGGCUGGGCCCGAGCCGCGAACUGGAGAGCGCGGGGCCCGUGGAGGCCGGGCCCGGCGCGUGCACGUUCGACCAGCGCCACCUGUACACGAAGCGCGUGAGCGGCGACGGGCUCGUGCGCGCCGUGACGUACAACGUGCUGGCCGACGUGUACGCGCACACGGAGCACUCGCGCGCCGUGCUGUACCCGUACUGCGCGCCCUACGCGCUGGGCCUGGACUACCGCCUCAACCUGCUGCAGAAGGAGCUGAGCGGCUACAGCGCCGACGUGCUGUGCCUGCAGGAGGUGGACCGCGCGGUGUUCCACGACAGCCUGGCCCCCGCGCUCGACGCCUUCGGCCUGCACGGCCUUUUCCGCCUCAAGCAGCACCAGCACGAGGGCCUGGCCACCUUCUUCCGCAGGGACAAGUUCCGCCUGCUGGCCCAGCACGACAUCGCCUACCAGCAGGCGCUGGCCGGGGACCCGCUGCACGGGCAGCUGCUAGAGCAGCUGGCACGCUACCCACAGGCGCGUGACCGCGUGCUGCAGAGGUCGUCGGCGCUGCAGGUUUCAGUUCUUCAGUCUACAAAGGACUCUUCUAAAAAGAUUUGCGUUGCAAACACUCAUCUCUACUGGCAUCCAAGAGGGGGACACAUUCGUCUCAUUCAGAUGGCAGUAGCCUUGACUCACCUUAAACAUGUGACACAGGAUCUGUAUCCUGGCGUCCCCAUUUUAUUUUGUGGGGAUUUCAAUAGCACGCCCUCCACAGGAAUGUACAGUUUUGUGAGCACAGGUAGCAUCUCUGAGGACCACGAAGACUGGGCCUCCAAUGGCGAAGAGGAGCGCUGCAAUAUGUCUCUCACCCAUCCUUUCAGACUGAAAAGUGCAUGUGGUGAACCUGCCUACACUAAUUACGUGGGAGGGUUCCACGGAUGUCUAGAUUAUAUUUUCAUUGACUUCACUGCUUUAGAAGUUGAACAGGUGAUACCAAUGCCAAGUCAUGAAGAAGUUACCACCCAUCAGGCCUUACCCAGUGUCUCACACCCCUCUGAUCACAUAGCCCUUAUUUGUGAUUUAAAGUGGAAAUAGACUGGGCCUCAGCAUGGCAGGCAAUUGUUGAGUCAAAACAAGGAAUUCAGUUACAUAGGAUCUGAGUGAAAUCAAGGCCCACACUGUGACCUUGACGAGAGGGGAACAGACUGAUUAUGGGAAAAUGUUCACACUUUUACCACUGCCUCUGUUCUAACCUAUUCUUCAUUUUAUGUGGCUACUCAUGACGUCUGCAUGACCCCCCCUUCCUCUCCUCAACAGAGAGGAAAGAAAGCAAAUACAUUUAAAACUGACACGAAAAUUGGGAUGAUCAUAUACCUUUUUUUAAUAAGUGAUUUUUAAACAGUGGUUAAGAGAUUAUUUUGUCUUUUUAAAAACGCUGAGUGAUUCUAACGGGAUUUGUAGACUAGUGUAGCUUUUGAACUUGAACCACGUUUUUAUAAUUACGGGAGAUAAGUAGUAACCAAGUGCAAAGUAAGUGUCCAGAGGAGGAAAGGAAGAAACGCUGUCAGGUCUCACCCUGUCUCCCUCUGGAUGACCCAGUUCAGAAAAGAAGAGCUUUAAGAAGACACUAGGUGUGCUGUGACCUCCAGCCAUCCUUUCUGUCUCGCUUUUCCAAUUCUGCAGCCACAACGCAGGGUCUGGUAGGGCUUUGGUUGUUGAUAACUAGCUACCGGGUGUCUAUUCCUGCAGUCAUUCUUAGCGUGACCAAACAAAUGAACACCAGUAAAAAGACGUUCCCUAUGAAACCUGUGAGUUGGUAGACUUUAUUCCAUAGUCAUUGGCAUGCAGCAGCUUCACUCUCUCAACCAUAAAUUGUGUUGGAUGUUUGAUUUUAAUUUAUUCGGCGUUUGACUCUGCAGACCAGUGUUAAGGUAGCUCGGAUGAAAGUCCAGAAUCUUAAUACCCCGCUGAGGUGGACUAAAGUUUUUAGAUAAUUUAUUUAAGCUUGACGUUAGAAACGUGGCAAAUAGGGUUUUCUUAAUAAUGUCUACAAGCCAGAAUAACACUACUCAGUGUGUUUGGGAAUAAUUACCAGGACUAAUUGAUAAAACUAAGCAAUCUCAUGAAUUAUAGGAAAACCGUAGAUAGAUGAUUGACCUCUUGCAGAAUCCUUCCCCGUGAAGCCAAAUGCUCUGCUUUUUUGUUUGGGACAGAUUUACAUUGCUGGCUGGUGUGCGUUUGCUGUUGAUUAUAUUUAUUAUAUGUCACUGGCCAAGCCCUUCCCUUGCUAGAUGACCGGCUCCAGAGCUGCUUUUACCUGGUAGAGGGAGUCUGGACCAUCGCACUAAGGCUUUGUUGUGGCAGCUUCUCGCUUGGGUUCCAUUUUAGCUAUUGUCAAAGGUACUGAUUCCCCCAAAGCUAGAAGAGCUUCGGGGGGAAGAGGGAAAGUAAUGGCUUGAGCCUGGAACCCUAACAAGGACUUAGCUCUUUUAUUGGUGUUUUAUUCCUUCAUCUUCUGCCUGCUGAAAGUGCUAAUGAUUUGGGGUCCUAAGAUCCUAGGGGAUUAUAUGAGUACUUACCCCCAAACUCCUCCUCUCCUAAGGACUUCCCAGAGGCCCAUCAUGUUGUAACUGUAACACCAUAACCAAACCAAGAGCCAAUGUGGCAUAUUGGAAAGCUGAAUCUGGACCCAAAGGACCUGAAUUCAAAUCCCAGGUCGAUUCCUUGGGCAGAUAAGGUAGCAUCUUAGUUUCAGGUCUCAUUCAUAAAAUGAGGGCAUUGUACUAGAUCCUAGCACUUGGGGGUGGAAGGAGAGAUUUAGGUUUCUGUAUUUUUGUCUUCUAAAUAAAAAUGAAUGCAGGAAGAGGCUUAAGAUGGCAAUUUCCUGUAGUCCUAGCCUAGCCCACUGUAAAUACAAAUUCAGUGUCUCUGAUCUGUGUGCUUCCAGAAGCAUGGGGAAUUAAAACAGCAUGGUGAGAGGUGACCUGAAAUAUCCCAGACAAUUUUCACAUUCAAAAGUGUACAUGGGUUACGUAGGCAGAUGGGAUUCUUUUCCUAAACAGCCUCAUGAACCGACUUGUGGGUCGAACAACUCUAACCUAGGCAUAUCUGGUGGUGGCCUGGCCUACCGAGGCUGUCCAGGUAAAGCUCCCCAAGUUUGUGCCCUUCUAAUCCAUACUUGCAUUCUGUCUUCAGCCUCUUGUCCUGAUGAUUUUUCCUGUGGGCAAGAGGUACACUGGAAGAUAACAUAUCUUAAGUAAUACCCAAUUUUGUAGCCGUAAAAAGCCAAAUCAACUACUAUUCAACUUCCUAUGUGCAAGAGUUUACAUAUGAGUGAAAGCUCUUUGUAAUAAGUAGGAAGACUGUCGCUGGCAUAUUCUAGGUGUGCUAAAAUGCUGUCUGGCCAUUAAUGAGUCAUAAUACCUUAUUAUUUAAAAGGGUGCAUUAACAAUAUAUGUUAAUUUAAAUUUUAAGUGUUUUAUGCCUUAAUCUCACUAAAUUUGAUUUAAUAGUAUGUUUUAAAUUGGAGUAAAGGAAAGAUGAGCAGUUCUUUCCAGGAUAAACUGAAUUUUAUAACAUCGGAAAUUAUCGCCAUAUAGAUUAACUAACUAAACUUAAAAAAAAAAACAAACUGGGUUGAAUUCAAGUGGUUGAAAAUGGCACAAGGUGGUUUCUGUUCCCAAGCUACUACAAGAAAACCAGCAAUGAGCUUGGUGACUUUGAGGGAAUUUUGAUGAAUUAUAAUUUAGUAGGAAGCAUGGAAACUCUUAAAUUCCUUUCUGGUGAUCUUUAGAAAGCAGAAGGCUGAAAUCAGGUCUGGGCUAAGCCAGGGAUAUUUAAUUAGCUUGCUCUAGGCCAUUGAAUUGACCAGUUCCAAGAUGCUUUGAUUUACCAGCAAAAUGUACCUAUGGUUUGUCAUCCACAAAGCAUGCUUGGACUAGCUGUACGUAUCUGUUUUCUGAUUUUAACUUUUCAGUGGUUGAGAAGACCAAAUAGUAAGCGUUCAUUUCCUACUCUGCACCCUAUCUAGAAAAUAGAUAUGACCCUAUAAUGUGGUUAAUCUCGUGGUACCAGCUCUCAAGAAACCUGCUCAAAUUAACUAUAAAUUUUAUAUCCAUCAAGGUCUUUUUGCUUCUUUUUGUAUCCCCAGUACUUAGCACAGUGCCUGGCACAUAGUAGGCGCUUAAUAAAUGUUUAUUGACUGACUUCAUGUCCAUAUUCAUUGAGAACAGACUUGGUCUGGGUGUACUAUAGGACUUUGCUCCAAGAGGGAGAAGGGCAGGGAGAAUCUGCUCUGUAAUCCCAUGUACUUCAACCAUUCCGAUUGCCAUGAUUCCAGUCACUGGAGUGGAUAGAGCUCUAUUUACUGUGAAAACGAGCCUGUCCGGUCUGGCACAAUGUUGGGAUAAACCAGAGAUGCCUGUGGGCCAAGGGGUAAGAGAACAGAACAUCAAGAUAUGUUCAGGUGGCCAUGCAGAAGAGAAAGUAACCAGAAGUACUUUACCAGAUAGUCUCGUUUUUGUCUUAUUUUUUCCCCAUUGUAACAUUUUUAUAGAGCAAGAUAGAUUGCAAAUCUGUCAGCACGUUUUAGUUCCUUAUGGAGUUAGGGGUCCAUCCAUAUGAUAGAGCUGGUAGAGUAGCCUUGGAGUCAAGAUCAGAUCUUGCCUCUAACACUUCCUGUGGUUAAUGACCAUGGGCAACUCAUUCUCUCUCAACCUUAAUUGAUCAUCUUGUCAAAUGAGAGCCAUAGUAGCUAUAGACCCACUUAAUAGGAUUGUCGGGCCCAAAUGAGAGAAUAUAAAG